CCCAUCUACCUGCAGUUGUCCCGUCUCUCGCCGGACUCCACUCGUCAGAGCGCAUUUCUCACCUGAUAGGCAGACUCAGCCAGACCCAGCCUCUCUCCCCAUCCUCCUCCCCAUCGCAUCCCUCCGUCACAACCUCACGCCCCUCUCUCUCUCCUCUCCUCUCCUGUUUACUAUAGGUGAGAUAGCCAGCUACGCAGUAUAAAUUCCUCAGUGUGCACAGAUCGGAUCCUCAGAGGAGACUGAGAAAGGAGCAGGGGGAGAACAGCAGGGGGAGAUCCAGGAGAACGAGCGAGUCGGAGCUUGUGUUUAUCACAGGGGUUGGAUGGAAACGCGCAUGAGUGCACUUUCGGUCGGGCUGAGGAACAUCACUGGAUGCUGAGGGAGGAGGAGAGGCGUGCGCACUGAUUAGCCAAGGCUACACCAACAAAAACAGAAACGCAAAAUAAUCGCUGUUUUUAGAAUAAAUCCGAUAACUGGAAGCAAACUAAGUGGAAUAAUCCUCUCCAAACAGCAGCGAUGGACUUGAGCUUUUGCCAUUGAGGCUCUUUGCCUGGCCUUGUCAAGGCUCCCAGUUCGUGGGUUGUGCUGAUGACUGCAGUCCCUCAUGGCGCUCAUCCACGAGCCCCGUGCCCCCUCACCCUCCCUCUCCGGCUUCAACACGCCCCUCUCUGAACCUCCAUCCUUCCGGCGGCUCGACGCCGAAACACCCUGCACCCCGGAAAUGGACCUGACCCCGACCCAGUGCGUCCUCCGCAACGUCCUCUCCAUAGACACAGGGGGCGCUGUGGAGCCGGUGGGCGGAGGAGGCGGAGGAGGGGAAGGCCACAGCCCCACACCGAGCGAGGAACAACAGGAGCACUUUGCCAACAGUGUCCUGAAGCUCCAUGAGAAUGAUGGGAGUUCAGGGAGGACAGAGGGAGAGGGGCAGGACAUGGACAGUGGCGCGGUCAGGAGCCAGGCGGACGAUGCCAGGCUACAGUGCCAGUCUAACGGAGGGGGAGGGGGGUUCCUGGAGGGGUUGUUUGGGUGUUUACGGCCUGUCUGGACUAUGAUUGGCAAAGCCUACUCCACAGAACACAAACACAACCUGGAGGAGCUGUGGGAGGUCCCAUUCGAGGAGAUAUCGGACCUGCAGUGGGUGGGCAGUGGAGCCCAGGGUGCCGUCUUCCUGGGUAAACUGCACGGACAGGAAGUGGCCGUGAAGAAAGUGCGAGACCUCAAAGAAACAGACAUCAAGCACUUGCGCAAACUCAAACAUCCCAACAUUAUCACGUUCAAGGGUAUCUGCACCCAGGCUCCCUGCUACUGCAUCAUCAUGGAGUACUGUGCCCAGGGCCAGCUGUACGAGGUGCUGAGAGCCGGCAGGAAGAUCACCCCGUCCCUGCUCAUGGACUGGGCCAUGGGGAUCGCUGGGGGCAUGAACUACCUUCACCUCCACAAGAUCAUCCACAGAGACCUCAAGUCACCCAACAUGCUAAUCACUUACGAUGAUGCGGUGAAGAUCUCUGACUUUGGCACAUCCAAGGAGCUCAGUGACAAGAGCACCAAGAUGUCCUUCGCUGGUACGGUGGCCUGGAUGGCUCCCGAGGUCAUACGCAAUGAGCCCGUCUCAGAGAAGGUGGAUAUUUGGUCGUUUGGCGUCGUGCUGUGGGAGAUGUUGACAGGAGAGGUGCCCUACAAAGAUGUGGACUCCUCAGCCAUCAUCUGGGGAGUGGGCAACAACAGCCUGCAGCUGCCUGUGCCCGAUAGCUGUCCCGACGGCUUCAAAAUCCUCCUGCGGCAAUGCUGGAACUGCAAGCCAAGAAACAGGCCUUCAUUCCGGCAGAUUCUCCUGCAUCUGGACAUCGCCUCAGCAGACAUCCUGUCCACUCCGCAAGAGACCUACUUCCAGUCCCAGGCGGAGUGGAGAGACGAGGUGAGGCACCACUUUGAGAAAAUCAAGUCUGAGGGGACGUGUCUCCACAGGCUGGAUGAGGAGCUGAUCAAACGACGCAGGGAAGAACUCAGACAUGCGCUGGACAUCCGGGAGCACUAUGAGAGGAAGCUGGAGAGAGCCAACAAUCUCUACAUGGAGCUCAACGCUGUCAUGCUGCAGCUGGAGCUCAAAGAGAAGGAGCUGCUCAAGAGAGAGCAGUCACUGGAUAAGAAGUACCCAGGCUGCUUCAGCAAGCACCUCAGCUCCAGACAAGCAGCCUCCUCCAACUCGAUGGAGAAACUGAUGAAAAAACGCAACGUACCUCAGAAGCUGCCAUCGCACAGCAAGAGGCCAGACCUGCUGAAGUCAGAGGUCAUCCUCCCUAAACUGGAGUCUUCCAUGACCCAGGUUACUAUACCAAACAAGGGCUCUACGUCACCUGGCCGAUCACGCCGAGGGAAACCCCGCUAUCGAAAAGCUGGCAAAGGCAGCAGUGGGGACUUGGCUCAGCUAAAAGCCACACUCUCCUCUUCCUUAGCUCUGGUCAACACCACCUCAUCUGUCCCCAAUAACAAGCAGCAUCUGGACCCCAUGGCAGCGCUCAGGGGCCUGCACCAUGACCUGCUACUGAAGAAGAUGUCGUCCUCCAGCCCCGAUCUCAUCUCAACCACCCUGGAGGCCGAAGGCCGCAGGAAGGGACAGGUCAGGCUGGGGCUGGAGAGAGGGAGCAGCCAGAGUGCCUCGGCCGGGCUGGGAGGAGACGGAGGAGGCAGAGGGCCAGAUGAUGGACCGGAUGUUGGUGUAGGGAAUGACGACCUUACAGAGACGCCGCCACGCAGCGACACACCCAGUGAAGACGCAGCAUCUAUUCCGUUCUCCAGUAGCCCCGACUCACCAUGCGGAAGGGGGGCAGCUGCAGGGAGGGCAUCUGUGCUUGGGACCCCCCGUUUACCCCAGGACGGAGAGGAGAAGGAGGAUGGGACAGGGAUCAUGCGUUCGCCCAGAGGUCAACGUCUCACUCCUUCGGCACUGCUGUAUAGAGCAGCUGUCACACGCAGUCAGAGACGUGGGGUAUCUUCAGAGGAAGAGGAAGGAGAAGUGGACAGUGAAGUGGAGUUGCCAAGAAGGCGGCGUACUGUGAGUAUGACCAAGUGCCAGUCCCUGUUGACCUUCAGCUCAGAGAACCUGUCAGUGUCAGAUGGCGAGGAGGGCAACACCACUGACCACUCGCACAGCGGCACGCCAGACGUGGUCAGCACAAACACCGACGAGCGUCUGGACGACAAGAGCGACGACCUGCUGUCUCAGGGCUCGGAGAUUCCUGCCGACCCAGCCGACCCGGCGCAUAUGGGCUCCGACGGGCUUUCUGAGAAAGAGGCUAUCCUGCAGCAGGUCAAGACCCAGCUCACCAACAACUACGAGGGCCUGUACGAUGACUCGGACUGUGACAGUGCUGAGCUGGACCACUCAGGCAGCGCAGAGCCCAGCUGUCCGCCCACCAACUGGUGACAAAGCCCUCACACCUCAACCCACUCAGACCCUACAGACCCAAGCUCUCUGGUGUUGGACCGGCCUCUCAAGGCCUUCCAACAUGCAGAGAUACGAUCAGGGCAUCACAAAGAGGCAGGAAAUGAUGGUUCGAAACAAGCAGGAAAACAUGAAUCUUCCUCGGAAAUGGUGAGUGUUGAGCCCCGAAACCCGAAAUCCCGGGGAAAACAACACACCUAAGAAGUCACAUUCCAUAACAGGGAUGCAAAACUGAAUGGAGACAAUAGUCAAACCGCUCUGGUUCUUCUGUAGCACCGGGCUCAAGAUCAGCUUUGCAAAAACACAUCAACUGAGCGCACCUCACUGACAGGAGCCUCUGUGAAGGCAGAAAGCACCGUUCCUCAAAUGAGGAUUCCUCCUCAAAUCCGUUUAUGUCACUGUUCUUCUGCGACAUCCUUAUUUCCCUCAUGAGAAUGUGUGUCAUGUUAUGUCAUAUCAUGUUUCUGUAAAAUGUGUCCUUUAUUAGACCACGGUUAUAGAAAUCCUGUCGGGGCCUCUGUAACAUUUGAUUUAACUGUCAGCUUUUCUGGGUCGGCUCCUGAUGUUGCUGCUUGCACCUCAUUUAAAAAAACGCUAAUUUUUCCUCGUGUUAAUCGUGUCAUAUAGCAUUUCCUCUCAAAACAUUAUGCACUGAUUCUAACUUAUCAUUAUUUUGCAAUGAAUUCAUGUGAUAACUAUUGGAUUUUAAAAAUGUUUACAUUUUUCAUUUGUGUUGUUUACAGUUUACAUUCUUAUUUAUGUUUGGUCAGGGAUUACGUUGUCAUUUUCUACAGGCUGUGUUUUAAUAUCACUGUAAAUAUCUGAUGUAAAAGGAACAAAUUUUUUAAAAUGUGAGACUAUUAUUUAAUGGUGCUGAUGUUUUGGAUUAGAUGGAGCUACUGUAUUUGAACCUCAAAAAGCUUAUGGUCCUAGAAUUUAGCUGCUGUUCAUUUUUGAGCAUCAAAACAGGUAGAAGAGGAACAAUAUUCGGGCAAAGAAAAGCAAUGUCUGCCCGGAUAUUAUGUCUUUUAUGUCAUCAUAGGUCAGUGAAGCCAUUUCUGGUUUCAAUUCAGGGCAGAGUUGCUUUUAUGAGUAUUGGAGUGUUUACUGUACUGAUAAAAUGCAAUGGCAGUUUUAAAACCCCACAUUGUGCAGCUGGGGGUGUAUAUAGCAUCAAAAAGCAUGCUUGUAAACAAAAUAAAAGUAUGGGUAGCUUCUUGCGUAUUCAUGACUCAAAACAUGAGAUGAAAAGAACAAUUUGCUCCACCGAUAACAGGAAAAAAAUCCAACAAAUUAAGAGAACAGGUUUCCAAGAACAGUGAUUUCCGCAAACAUGAAGGCAUAUGGAUGAAAGGGACAGCAAACACAAGAAAACGCCACCAAAGUGUAUCUCAAAAUGACUUUAAGCAUCAUGAUCUGUGGUUUCCUAAAGGCAUCUUCACUAUGUGAUCAUCUGACUUCAUGUUAUAGUGUGACUAAGAUGGUCUUCGAGGUAAGAUUUUGACUACCCACAAAAUUUGAGAAAUGAAAUUAAAUGAAAUGAAGUUUGCAGAUGAUGCCAGGAUAUGCCCGGGUCCCCCUUUACCUGUUACUCCAAGCUUCAACCAGUUUUUUUAGGCAGGUUGUAGGCAGGUUUUACCUGCCUACAAGUCAUUUUAAGGAACAUUAUAGCAUUGUUCUCACCAGCUGGAAUAUGGCUUUUUUUUUUUUUUUGGAAAUGAGAGGGCUUCCUCAUAAUGGACAGUAUGACAUACAAAUACACAGGUCUUUGUGUUUGCAACCCUUGACACGCCUCCUGUCAUAUGGUUCAACUGUGUAAG